UGACAGCCAGUCAAGGCGCAGAAAGAGGGAGGGCAUCCAAAGAAGCAACGUCCGUAAAGAUUAAUGAAUUUGCAUUCGACUCUCAAGACUUCAUGGACAGUAAGAACAAGUGAAAGAUGCAUGACAAAUUCGAAGUCAGUGAUGCUCCGAGUGGGGACGUCGCAGGGAAAAGUGGAAAGUGGACCACCAACAAUCUUCUGGUAUCUUGCGUUGUCGUGGCAGUCAUUGUCGGAGUCCUGUGCACCGUGUUGACUUUCUUCCUGCAUCCGCAGUACAGUCCAAAUGGGUCAAGCAGGAUGUUUUCCCCGAUCGAGAGUGACCCAACCCGACCGCCAACUGUGGAGCCAACAGAGAGAGGCGUUUCGACCCGAUCGCCAAGUGUAGAACCAACGGAAGGGGGUGAACCAAUGGUACCUUCGACUGAAGCACCAGAGAAUCCGACACAUACGGUGCGGAUCAACUGCCUCCCUGAUCGGGACCUCCAGGGAAACCCUGAGGAUAUCUGCAGGGACAGAGGGUGUCUCUGGAAGGCCACUGAAGCAACCGGUCAGCCACUCUGCAGUUUCCCACACGAUUACGGUACCUAUCACGUCGUUCGAGAGGAAACGUUUCCUUGGGGGAUGAGAAUCAGGAUGGACAGAGACAGGAAGGUUCCUACAUUCUUCGGACAGGAUGUUCCUUCAUUGGUUGUGGACAUCGAGUAUCAAACGGAAGACCGUCUUCACUUUAAGAUCUAUAACCCCUCAGAACCUCGGUUCGAAGUCCCUGUCGAGAUGCCAUCACGGCCAGAAAUGAAGGCUGAGAAUCCAAACUAUGACAUCAUGUAUACCACCAACCCUUUCACACUCAAGAUAACCCGGAAAUCUACAGGAGAAGUAUUGUGGGACACCUCGAUUGGGGCACUCAUUUUCGAGGACCAGUUCCUAACCAUCUCGACCAGACUGCCUUCGACCAACAUCUACGGGUUGGGCGAAAGUGAGCAUCACAGUUUCCGUCAUGACCUAAACUGGCUCACGUGGGGUGUAUUCUCAAGGGAUCAACCGCCUUCGUACAAGGGCAAUCUGUAUGGUGUACAUCCAUUCUACAUGUGCGUCGAGAACGACGCUAACGCACACGGCGUACUGCUCCUAAACUCAAAUGCACAAGAUUACUCGUUGCAACCAACACCUGCACUGACCUACCACACCAUCGGGGGAGUCCUGGACUUCUACAUGUUCCUUGGACCCAACCCAGAGUCAGUUGUUAGCCAAUACACUGAGGCCAUCGGUAGACCGGGUUUGCCGCCAUAUUGGUCCCUGGGCUACCAGCUUUGUCGAUAUGGUUACGGAAAUCUUUCGAACGUGCAAGAGGUGGUUGCGUCAAUGCGUCAAUAUCAAAUUCCCCACGACGUCCAAUAUGGAGAUAUUGAUUACAUGAAUCGUCAGCUAGACUUUACCAUCCAUCCAACCAACUAUCAAGGCCUCGGUGAAUGGGUAGAUUCCUUGAAGCCAGAUGGAACCAGAUAUAUUAUCAUCCUCGAUCCAGCCAUUUCAGCGAACGAGACAGAAGCCGACUACCCGCCUUACAAACGUGGAGUUGACGAAGAAGUCUUCAUUGAAGAUGAGAACGGUGGGAUACGGUUUGGAAAGGUUUGGCCUGACUACCCUGGUGUUGUCGUGGACCCAUCUCUACCAUGGGACGACCAAGUCGAGCAAUUCCGUGCUUAUGCUGCUUUUCCUGAUUUUAGGAAGCAAUCUGCCCAGGACUGGUGGAAAAAUGAGGUGGAUAUGUUCCACGACAGGGUUGCAUUUGACGGUAUCUGGAUCGAUAUGAACGAACCAGCAAGCUUUGUACAUGGUUCGGUUGACGGAUGCACAGAGAACACCUACGACAAUCCACCUUUCAUGCCUCAAAUCUGGGGACCAACGAUAUACGACAAAACAAUCUGCAUGAAUUCCGUACAGCACGUGACAUACGGCAUGAAGGACACCCAUUACAACAUGCACAGCCUCUACGGAUGGAGUCAGACGGAGCCGACGCUACAAGCGGCACAAGAGGCUACGGAACAGAGGAGUCUUGUCAUCUCACGAUCAACCUUUCCUAGCAGCGGCAAACAUACCGGUCAUUGGUUAGGAGACAAUGCUUCGAUCUGGCCUCAUCUCUAUUACUCCAUCAUUGGUAUGCUGGAGUUCAACUUGUUUGGUAUUCCAUAUAUUGGUGCUGAUAUCUGCGGUUUCUUCGACGACACUAACGAGGAUCUUUGUCGUCGAUGGCAUCAGGUUGGAGCCUUCUAUCCCUACUCUAGGAAUCAUAAUGGUCUAGGCAACAUGCCACAACAUCCUGCUCAUUUCGGAGAGGAUUUCGCCAUUGAGGUUCGCGACGUGCUUCACAUCAGAUACCGUCUCCUCCCGUACCUCUACACACUCUUCUACCACGCCCAUACUAAGGGCUCAACGGUAGUCAGACCUAUGAUGCACGAGUUUACUUCUGAUAGCAACACAUGGGAUAUUGACAGGCAGUUCUUGUGGGGUCCUGCCCUUCUCAUUUCGCCCGUCUUAGAACCAGAAACAACAAGUGUGAAGGCAUACUUUCCCGUUGCUCGCUGGUACGAUUACUAUACUGGCAUGGAAUUGUCAUCGGACAUGCUGGCCGUUGGUGGCGGUGUCAUGCUAGACGCUCCAAUGGACUACAUCAACCUUCACGUAAGAGGCGGCCACAUCAUUCCGACCCAGAAUCCGGACAACUCGACCAUGUUCAGUCGAAGGAACGAGUUUGGUUUGAUCGUCGCCUUGGAUAACGAGAUGGAGGCUGGUGGUGAUCUCUUCUGGGACGAUGGUGAAACAAUCGGGACCAUCAUGAACGAGCAGUAUUACAUGUUCCACUAUACAUUUACAAAUAAUAUGUUGACGGCAGAGAUCGCUCAUUCUUAUUCUAACUUAAUGGACAAUCUUGUGAUGGACCACGUAAUGAUCUAUGGCAUGGAUGAAGCGCCCUCUCGUGUUGUACUCACCGACUAUAAUGCAGUCACGGAAGCUACCUUUACGUUUGAUCAGGUCAAUAUGGCUCUCAACGUAACCGGAUUAAACCACGCCAUGGAUCUUGGGUUCACCCUUACCAUCCUUUAGAUCAAGAAUGGUUGAUACGAAUUCAAUGCUUACAUAUAUUUAUAUCAGGAGUCGCUAAAUAAAUACCUCUUAUUAUUCCAAUGAUCUAGUUUUAAAAUUAUUGUGAGUGUAGACAAAGCAAAGUAAAUUCAGUGGUAGGUUUUAAGGUGCAUGCCCAGCUGUCUCUCUGCAACCCCAACUACAUUAUAUCUUUAACUCUGCGUAUCGGGUUUCGCUUUCUUACUUGUAAUACAAGUUCUUUAAUGAUAUUUAUGUUCGUACUUUUAAAUUGUAUUGUUUGAACAGAUGUCAAAUAUGUUGUCAAAUUGAAUGGAAGAAAAUAAAUGUUCAUUUGAAUUGAAUUAAAUUGAAUUGAACCCCAGACCAAACUCUUGACCCAACCCAACUCCGAUCCUAAAACUAUCAUUUAAGACCGACAUGCAAGCCUAACCCUAACGCUCUAUAUAUUUGACGACGUCGUACCCGGAGUCACUGUUGCUGAAGAAAACAUUUGAUCAGGUUUGGCCUGACAACGUGAAAUGUAUUGUAUUUUUCUCUGAGGUCCCAAAAUGUUAUCAUUAUGGAACUUCUAGCUAUUAUUUACAAUGCUAUUUGUUGAAUUUCAAAUCAACAUGGCUACAAAUAAUCAUUACUGACAUUUUCUAAAGUAGUUCAGAGAAAGAAAAAGAAAAAGAAACCACUUAGGAGUUGUGAGGUUUAUUCAGCAGGCGAAGCGAUGCCGGGUUACCACGGUGAUAAAUUAGUUAUGGACUUUGCGCUUUAUAUGUACAUAACUGUAUGGUUUAUUUUAAGUUUGUGAUACAAGAUUCAAGUUGCAACUUUUGUGUAUGAAUAUUUUAUUACAGACGAGGCAUGUGGAUAUCAAUUUUCUUCACAUCAUUAAAUUAUGUCUAUAGGAAGUGUUAGUAUCAAGCGCUAUCCUAAAAUCAAGUAAAGCUGGCACCAAGGCAUAAUGCUGUUUGAUCGUAUGUAAUGUGUAUUCAGUUGAGGCAUUCAAGCAUCAUGAAAUAUAUUAUAAUGAAUUACUAUUACAAAGUA